ACACUGUUACCAGUCAAACGUUCGAAUUGACAACGCGUGGAUCCCACUCUGCUGUUUAGGUCUGCUGAAAUACGUCAUCGAAAUGGUGAAAAAUUCAAGUGUUUUGUUCCUGCUCCUCGUUGGCACUGCAAUCGUCGCCUGUAUAGCUGCAAAACAGACAGAUAUUUGUGAGAAUGAGACAGGACGUCUGAGAUGCAGAGGCAGUGAGACCAUCCGUAUCAAGAACGCGUGGUACGGUUCUACAAGAAAUAGCAACUGCAGAGGUGACACUGAAAGAUGCAACACCCUAGAGAAAGCAGACAAGGACACUUUGGAUAGAAUGAGAAAUCGCUGCAACAGAAAGGGCUCCUGUGAUCUGACCCCAGCGAACAGACUAUGGGGCAGUGACCCCUGCCCGGGCACAGCCAAACUUCUCCGUGUCGAAUACGACUGCAAGUAAAUUAACAGAAUACCACGACGACGUCAGAACGGCUUAGUCGGAUUUCGAGGGCAAGCUCAUUGUGCUAGUAUUGAAAUUCUCUCGUCAUACUUUUAGUUGACUCAAAUACCAACAUCAGAUACAUGUAAAACCGGCUUGAGCAAAAAAGAGCAUUGGACAUCGAAAAGAAGCAUUUUUGGCAUUUUUGUUUUAUUCUGGAUUUAAAAAAUAAACCGUUUCCUAGCUACUUAGCGUUCUAUAUA